UUUUCAGUUGCCUCACCCUCAAAUGCAUAAUCUUAGUGUCAUUUCAAAUGCAGAUGUUAGUGAUCUCUAGGGUCCAUAUGAUUUGCACUUUUAACAUUUCAUAACUAUAUCAUAAAGAAUGGUAGAACUAGCUGUCUACCUCAUUAGGUUGAUUUCCUUUUUAACAGCUUUUGGUAGAUUUCACAUACGAUAUCUUUGGAUGUAUUUUGACAGGAAUACAAGAUUGAAGGCCUUUGGCCAGUCCUUUUCAGGAAUCAGACUGUCUCUUCAUCCGUUGUUCUUUCAAUGGUUCACGCAUACAAGUCCAAAAAUGGCUUUAGAGAUUUGGGAUGCAGGAAGAGAACUUUCUUGCAUGCCUGUUAAUUUGCUGUGAUCCCUAAUGGUGCCAAAAAGGAAAGAAAAGUCAUGAUGACUCAUCAGGAGAGCAUUUCCAUUCUGUGUGAAGUGCUGUUUUAGUGUUUCACUAGUGUGGUGGUGAGUAAAACAUAUGAUAGUAGGACAUCAACAGCUAGUGCUUUUAUAUGGACACUUGCAUUUUGCAUGGGCAGUGGUUCUCAGUGCUUCAAGUCCCAGAUUGUGCCAAGGCCUUUGACAGAAACUGUAUGUUUCUGUUGCAUGAUAUAUCACUGCGUAUCCAGGAGGAGGUAAACCCAAGUAAAUCAGUUUGGGAGAACUUGUACUCGUUAGCUGUUUAAAAAAUACCAGUUUUGCAGCAUUCCGAAGAAGGCUUCUAGAAAGAAGCUUAAUGCUGGAUAACUUCACCCAUUAAAGGAAGAAGAGGCUUUAUCACAACCAAACAGGAAAAGAAACAUACAGACUUGAGGAAAUAGUACUUCUCUAAUUCUUUUGAAAAGUUCAGAGAUUCACCAGAAUUUGGUGGAUUACCUCCACCGGUCUUCCUGAUUUGAGAUGUAACGUGGGGUGCAAGAGUGCCUCAGAUGAGGGCUGUAGUAAAACGAGGAUCCAGCCUCAAUGGAAAUAGCCUAUUAUCGAGAUCUAACCAGGAAACUAUCUAAAGCAAAGGUGAAAGUGCAUCAAGAAAUUUAAGAAGCCAGAAGAUCCCAAAGAUAUCUAGAAGCAAGACUAUGAGGAGUAAUGUAGCUUGGAAUGAACAAGAUGAAGAUACCCACCUUCAAUCUAACGCUUCAUGAGGAAAAAGGCUGUUUUAUUGGAGCCAGGGAAUCAUGAAAGAAACUCAAGAAGACAACUUGGAAAAUGAAUGGAAGAUAAAAAGAAAACAAAAAGAAUGUGGCAUAUAAAGGGUAUAAUACCUGGAGGUAUUAGAUCUGACUCAUAUUUAUAAAAAUGAGACAAGCUUUCACAAAAAACAAGUUAUCUUAGACAGUCAUCAAGCUUGGAGCCAUGCUGUUGAACUAGAAAUUCUCCUUUUCCCCAUUCUCCUUUCUGACAGGUAACAAAGGAUUGGUGAAUUAUGAUUUUCCCAAGUUGGAAGCACUAAUUUUUAUCUAUAUAGUUCAUCCUUAUGAAUAUAUAAGGAGCUAACAUUGCAUAUUUAAUGUGGAUUAUAAUGGAAAAGUGACUCAUUAACAAAAAUGGCCACUUUUAAGGACUUGGUUUCAAGCUGAGCUGGAGCCUCCCAAUGCACUUUGUACAGUUUGGGGAAAGGUGUACUCAAUGGCCUUCUCUGGGGGGCCAUGAUGAUAUGUAGUAAAAGGAUAUCAUCUUACUGUUGAUAUCUUUGAAGACUCAUAAACAGAAACAGAAAAAUGAAUGGUGGAAAGGAGUGUGACGGAGGGGACACAGAUGGAGGGCCACCAGCAGUGCAAGUUCCCGUUGGUUGGCAGCGAAGGGUGGACCAAAGUGGAGUGCUCUAUAUCAGUCCCAGUGGGUCUUUAUUAUCCUGCUUGGAGCAGGUGAAGACUUACUUGCUGACUGAUGGAACAUGCAAGUGUGGCCUAGAAUGUCCUCUUGUUCUUCCCAAGGUCUUUAAUUUUGAUCCUGGAGCUGCUGUGAAGCAAAGAACUGCUGAAGAUGUUAAGGCAGACGAAGAUGUCACCAAACUAUGCAUACAUAAAAGGAAAAUUAUUGCUGUGGCUACACUUCAUAAAAGCAUGGAAGCACCACAUCCUUCACUAGUUCUAACUAGUCCUGGUGGUGGAACAAGUGCAACUCCAGUAGUUCCUACUCGAGCAGCAACUCCAAGAUCAAUGAGGAAUAAAUCACAUGAAGGAAUUACAAAUUCUGUGAUGCCAGAAUGUAAGACUCCUUUCAAGUUGAUGAUAGGGGCAUCUAAUGCCAUGGGUAGGCUUUAUGUGCAAGAAAUGGCUGGAAGCCAGCAACAAGAACUUCAUUCUGUCUAUCCUAGGCAGAGAUUGGGUAGUAAUGAACUUGGACAGAAGUCUCCGUAUCGUGGCAGUCAUGGUGGGAUGCCCAGUCCAGCUUCAUCAGGAUCACAGAUAUACGGAGAUGGCUCAAUCUCUCCUAGGACUGACCCACUUGGAAGCCCUGAUGUUUUCACAAGGAACAAUCCCAAUUUUCAUGGAGCACCCAAUUCUAGUCCUAUUCACAUGAACAGGACACCUCUGUCUCCACCAUCAGUAAUGCUACAUGGUUCUCCUAUACAGUCAUCCUGUGCAAUGGCUGGAAGGACUAAUAUACCUCUUUCCCCAACCUUAACCACAAAAAGCCCAGUAAUGAAAAAACCCAUGUGUAAUUUUUCAACUGGUAUGGAAAUACCACGAGCAAUGUUCCACCAUAAACCACCCCAAGGUCCACCCCCACCUCCUCCACCACCUUCUUGUGCUCUUCAGAAAAAGCCAUUAACAUCGGAAAAGGAUCCACUUGGCAUACUUGACCCUAUUCCUAGCAAACCAGUGAAUCAGAAUCCUGUUAUCAUUAACCCAACUACUUUCCAUUCAAAUGUCCACUCUCAGGUACCCGUGAUGAAUGUAAGCAUGCCUCCUGCUGUCGUCCCUUUGCCAAGUAAUCUUCCUUUGCCAACUGUAAAACCUGGUCACAUGAACCAUGGAAGUCAUGUUCAAAGAGUUCAACAUUCUGCUUCAACUUCCCUCUCUCCUUCACCAGUGACAUCCCCAGUUCAUAUGAUGGGAUCCGGGAUUGGAAGGAUCGAGGCUUCUCCCCAAAGAUCACGUUCUUCCUCCACAUCAUCAGAUCAUGGAACUUUCCUGCUGCCUCCAGUAGGACCACAGUCAUCCUGUAGUGGAAUUAAAGUUCCUCCCAGGUCCCCAAGGUCAACAAUAGGGUCACCAAGACCAUCUAUGCCAUCUAGCCCUUCCACCAAGCAUGAUGGACUUAAUCAAUACAAGGACAUCCCUAACCCAUUAAUUGCUGGAAUGAGUAAUGUAUUAAAUCCUCCAAACAAUGCAGUUUUUUCUACUGCAUCGGCUGGAAGUGGUUCCUUGAAGAGUCAGCCUGGUUUGCUGGGAAUGCCUUUAAAUCAGAUCUUGAACCAGCACAAUGCUGCCUCUUUUCCAGCAAGCAGUUUACUUUCAGCAGCAGCCAAAGCACAGCUAGCAAAUCAAAAUAAACUUGCUGGUAACAACAAUAACAGCAGUAGCAAUUCUGGACCUGUUGCCAGUGGUGGCAACAAUGAAGGACAUAGCACUUUAAAUACCAUGUUCCCUCCUGCUGCCAAUGUGCUUCUACCAACGACUGAAGGGCAAAGUGGCCGAGCAGCACUGAGAGAUAAAUUGAUGUCUCAGCAAAAAGAUCCUCUGAGAAAAAGAAAGCAGCCGACCACCACAGUGUUGAAUUUGCUAAGACAGUCUCAGUUGGACAGUUCUGGAGUUUCCAAAGCUGGAUCUGAUCUGAUAAGAAAGCAAAGUCAAAGCUCUUUUCCCAUCAGUUCCAUGUCCCAGCUACUUCAGUCCAUGAGUUGUCAAAGCUCUCACAUGAGCAGCAAUAGUACCACCAGCUGUGGGAGCUCAAAUACUGCUUUACCAUGCGCUGGUAACCAGAUGCAUUUUGCAGACACCAGUAUGAACUCUGGCAGUCUCCAGAACUCACUGGCACAGAGUUUACCCUUGCGAGGGGAAGGUGUGCACUGCCAGAACACAAACACUAACUUUGUCCAUGGUACUAGCCCAGGCACAGCCAACCAUCUUGCAGGUUUAAUAAAUCAGAUGCAGGCUAGUGGGAGCUGUGGGAUGCUCAGUCAGUCAGGAAUGGCUUUAGGAAAUUCAUUACAUCCAAACCCACCUCAGUCAAGAAUCCAAGCAUCCUCCACUCCAGUGAUACCAAACAGCAUUAUUAGCAGCUGUAAUCAAACAAGUCCUGAAACAGGGGCUUCAGGACAGUCAUCAUCAAUAGCCAUAGCUGGCACCAGCCAACCUGCCAUCACAAAGACAACAUCUGUGCUUCAAGAUGGUGUUAUAGUCACUACUGCAGCUGGAAAUCCACUUCAGAGCCAGCUGCCCAUUGGGAGUGAUUUCCCUUUUGCUGGCCACGAACACUCACUCCAUUUUCCGCAGAACAGCUCUUCAAACAACAAUCUUCCACAUUCUUUGAAUCAAAACCUCCUCAAUUCUCUGCCUAUCUCUUUGCCAGUGAAUCAGCAACAUCUUCUAAACCAGAAUCUAUUAAAUAUACUACAGCCUUCAGCAGGAGAAGGCAAGUCUGAGGUCAACCUCAACCCUUUAGGUUUUCUCAACCCGAAUGUAAAUGCUGCUUUAGCUUUUCUCUCCAGUGACGUGGAUGGGCAGGUAUUACAACCUGUUCAUUUUCAGCUUCUAGCAACCCUCCUUCAGAACCAAGCCCAAGCAGCUGCCAUGCUUCCCCUACCAUCUUUCAAUUUGACCAUCUCAGAUUUGUUGCAACAGCAAAAUAACCCUUUGCCCUCAGUAACACAGAUGACAGCCCCACCAGACCAUUUGCCAAGCAAUCAGUCAGAAAGCAACAGGGUGGAAACCCUUUUAACCAACCCCCUGGGCAACCCCAUACCAAGCUUUUCAGGCACUGACACUACUUCUAACCCCUUGCUCCUCCCAGCUGUCUCUGGGGCCUCAGCGUUAAUGGCCUUGAAUCCCCAGCUGGUGGGAGGUGUCCUGAACUCUGCAUCGGGCAACACUGCUAAUCAUCCAGAGGUUUCCAUAGCCACCUCCUCCCAGGCAACCACUACCACAACCACUACAUCAUCAGCAGUGGCAGCACUGUCUGUCUCAGCCCUGGGUGGUGGGACAGCAGUGGUGUCAAUGGCAGAAACAUUGCUGAACAUAUCUAAUAAUGCUGGGAAUACAUCUGGUCCAGCUAAACUCAACAAUAACUCUGUGGUGCCACAGCUACUUAACCCUCUACUGGGGACAGGUCUGCUUGGUGACAUGUCAUCUAUAAACACUACUUUGAAUAACCAUCAGCUGAGUCAUCUCCAGUCGCUAUUAAACAACAAUCAGAUGUUUCCUUCAAAUCAGCAGCAACAGCACCUUCUCCAGGGGUAUCAGAACAUGCAGGGCUUUCAAGGCCAGACCCCAAUUCCUGGCCCAGCUAACAACCCAAACCCCAUGGCAUGUCUGUUCCAAAACUUCCAGGUGAGAAUGCAGGAGGAUGCUGCUGUCCUGAACAAAAGAAUGAUCACUCAAAUGGGAAUGGCACCAGUUCCUGACAGCUCCAACACUAUGCUUCCUCCUUUCCAAGAAACAUCUUGUGAUUUGCAGCAAAGAAAUGAACCCUCUCUUGGACAAGCAAAAGAUAACCUCAAUGUUGCUGCUCAGGGUGAUACAUCGGUGGACGCAAUCUACAAAGCAGUUGUAGAUGCUGCAAGCAAAGGGAUGCAAGUAGUAAUCACCACUGCUGUUAGCAGUACAACACAGAUGAGUCCCAUUCCAGCUUUGAGUGCCAUGAGUGCCUUCACAGCCUCAAUUGGUGAUCCAUUAAAUCUUUCUAGUGCUGUCAGUGCAGUAAUCCAUGGAAGAAACAUUGCCGUUUCUGAUCAUGAAGGUAGGAUAAGGAGCACUAGAGGAACACGAAUACCGAAGAACUCAGAGCAUGGUAAAAAUUCAAGUGAAGGGGAUGGGUAUGAAUAUUACAAAUCAUCAAGUUGUAACACACCCAAAAAACAGUGGGAAGGGGAGCAAAGUCCUGUCAAUGAGGUAAAUAGGUGGAAAUGUGAUGAGUUUCUAGACCAUUCUACCCAUAUCCAUAGUAGUCCUUGUCAUGAAAGGCCCAAUAACAUCUCCACAUUGCCAUUAUUACAAGGCGAGCAGCAUCAGAUACUGUUAUCACAGCGAAACUGUCAAAGUGAUAAAAUGUUGGAGGAGAAUUUCAGGUAUAACAAUUACAAAAGAACUAUGAUGAGUUUUAAGGAAAGACUGGAGAACACUGUGGAACGAUGUGCACACAUAAACGGAAAUAGGCCUCAGCAGAACAGAGGAUUUGGGGAGUUGCUGAACACUUCUAAACAAGAUUUGAUUCUGGAAGAGCAAUCUCCAAGUUCCUCAAAUAGCUUGGAAAGUUCGUUAGUUAAAGACUAUAUCCAUUACAAUGGAGAUUUUAAUGCCAAAAGCAUAAAUGGGUGUGUGCCUAGCCCUUCAGAUGCUAAAAGCAUCAGUAGUGAAGAUGACCUAAGGAACCCAGAUUCCCCUUCUUCAAAUGAGCUGAUACAUUACAGGCCGAGGACGUUUAAUGUUGGCGACUUGGUCUGGGGCCAAAUCAAAGGACUGACUUCAUGGCCUGGAAAGCUAGUAAGAGAAGAAGAGGUUCACAAUUCAUGUCAACAAAACGCUGAGGAGGGGAAGGUCUGGGUAAUGUGGUUUGGUGUUCAUACCUUCACUCAGGUGGAGCCAGAGAAGUUGAAGACACUAACAGAAGGUCUAGAAGCUUACAACCGAGCCAGAAAAAGGAACAGAAAAAGUGGAAAGCUAAAUAACCAUUUAGAAGCUGCUAUACAUGAGGCCAUGAGUGAACUAGACAAAAUGUCUGGGAAUGUCCACCAAAUCCCACAGGGAGACAGACAAGUGAAGCCUCCAAAACCCAAGAGGAGGAAGAUCUCUAGAUAACAUUGAAUGUCUUUGUUACUGGUCCAGUACUUAUCAAAAUGAACAUGCACAUAGGUCCAUAUGUAGGUAUUGAUAUAGACAUGGUUAUAUCAAUAUUUAUAUGAAGACAGAUAGAUACCAUCACAGGGUGCUACGUGGAUUAGUGGUACAAUAUUUUUGAUGAUUAGGAGGGAUAGUGGUUGCUGGGUAAGCCAAUCAGAAAUCUUGAGAGGUUGCAGUAACAAUGUCAGAUGAUUACUGAAUUUUUUUUUCUAUAAUACUAAAAUUGUGAUUAUAAGGAAUAGUCCAAAUGUUUCUGAGAAAUUUUCAUUGUGUAUAUAGAUAAUACAGAAUUUCAUGGUGAUAUCUGAAAUGUAAAUAUUGUACAAUAUUGUCAUGUACAAGCGUACCUAAUGCACACUUUAUCUUUUAUUGUACAAAAAAUAGUGUACAAAAUUCUUUGGUUUCUAUUGAGUACACAUACAAGAGACUACCAGUGUAAAGUGAUAAAUAAAAAUACAGCCUAAAUGCUUUUAUAUGAUAAUGUAAAAGAUGCUGUUUUUGUAUUUAACAGCAGAGAGAAGGCAUGAUUAUGUAAUACCUUAAUUAUGACAUACACUUCACGCCACUGAGUGUUCAUUGAUACUGUCUGUUUGGAAUGAACCUUGCCUGGAAGUACUGUACUCCAUUUCAGGUCUCUGUAGGAGAGUGCAAACUUGCAGAUUCCUAACGGGAUGUGGGAUCACAGCUCUAAUUAUUAAUUCAAAGGCUGCAACUGUCGGUUGCAUUUUUAUUUACGUAGCUUUUAAAGUAGAAUGCUGUAGAUUUUAUUAAAAAGAGAAAAAAGUAGAUGGACUAUUUUAGUCAACCAUUUCUGUAGUUAAAGUUUCAUAGCCACCUGAGAAACUAAACAGUUUGUAUCCCCCGUAACACUGACCCCUCAAAGCCCCUAGAUUUAUUAGCUUAAAUUAUCUAACGUCAUUAACCAUCGUGUUUACUUUUAAGGGGGCAGAAGCCCUGCUUUAAUAAUGUGAUCAGUAUUGAUUACGGUUUGGUUUUGCAGUAGAGUGAAAGGGCAUGCUCCGCAGCGUUCAUGAAAGUAAUUCCAGUACCCAUCUUACAGUAUUAAAACAAAAAACGUAUUAAGGGUGGCUUACAAAACUAUUAGCAACAGUAAUUUUUAUCAGUAUUAUGUAACAUAUCAGAUUUAUUUUAUUUAAAAAUUAUUUAUACCAUUAACAGAUUCUUAUAUAUAUUAAUGUGGCUGAAAUGUGCAGGUUAAAUCUAUUAACCAAAUUAUUUAUGUUAUAUUAAGUGAGAAAUGUGAAACAUAUGUAGAAAAAAUUAAUACACUACAGAUUUAAAAGUCUAAAGCUAUGAGCCAUUAUAAAAUUAACGAACGGAAGUAUAGCACAACAUUAUUUCCAUUUUAUUUCAUUUUCUUUUUAACACGGAUGGUGGUGAUGGUGAUGGAAGCAAUGAUAUCAUCUGACUUCAAGGCUUCCUGAAAUAAUUCCCAUUUCACCAUUCCUGGUCCUGGGGUGGCAUGCGUAACCCCCACCUCUUUGUCUGGGGCCACUGCUUACCUCACAUUUCCUUUUUUCCCCCCUCCCUGAAUUCCCAAAUCUCACUCUCUAGCUAAGGACUGGCAGGGAUCAGCAUCCUGGGAAGCUGGCGGUAUCGCCGCUCUCCAGACACCCGGCACUCGGCAUCAGGAUCACAAGUCAUUGCUCCUCUUCCCAUCCACCUUGCCCAAGUCCCAGACUCCUCUCUCUGAAGGACAUGACCAAGACCAGCCAUCCCCAAGGAUGACGGGACCCGGCGGCAUUCCCAGCCUCGGCUCUCGCGUGCCAGGGCACGCAGCACUACCUCUGGGCUCGUGCCUGGGCUUUCUCAUGUCUGGCAGAACAGCUCCCACUCCUCCUUCCCCCCAGCCCAAGGGAUCACAAUAGCUGCACUGGCUACAGGGGCCUGGAGGCAGGAGCCCUUCCUUCCACGGGGUAGGUUCAUUUGUCUUUUCUGUAACGCCACCGUCCUCCAUGCAAGCUCUUGUGAAGUGACUGAUUUUCUUUAUUAUUUUUCUCAACUUCUGUCUUUUGGGGGUGUAGUUUAGCACACGUUUUUCUGUCCCACGUUGACGUGUUCAUUCAAAGAGUCGCUGUUGGCCAUUGUCUGUGCCAGCCACUUUCCCGCUGUCUCUCCACACCCGCGUGGCUUUUAACUCACCACUACAUGCGUGCGUGUGUGUGUGUGCGUGUGUGUGUGCGCGAGCACCUGUCUUGAUUUAGGUUCUUCCUCCCUUUGCUUUCUGUCCUAGAACUGAGUUUGUAUUGACCGACCCCUUCUUUUGGCAUUUUAACUAAUUAGGUUUGUACUUCCUCACCAAUGUAUACUUUACAUCAGUAGACUAUGUAAAGUAUUUUUGUGCACUUGAUUUCAUUGGUUAAUAAUGGCAUUGAUGUGGGUGCUAGGAGUAGUUUGCUUCAGUCCAUACCAAUUUUUUUUUCUCUUUUAGAGUUUUUUAUGGUUUCAUGUAAGCAGUUAAUGUAAAUAUUGUGAGCAUUACAGGUCAUGCAGUGUUGUAACAUUUUAAGAAAUGUUGCACCUACUUUACGAUUAAAAAAAUGGUCACUCAUACUUGAAUUUUGCCCAUAGAGCCAUUUCUUUCUCUUUGCAUUGAAGCAUAAUAUACUUUUUUGAUGGAGGCCCAACCCUUCUUUCUACCUUAUUAUUUUUGGUUUAAUAAAUCUAUAUUUUUUCUAAUAGAAGACUUAAAAAUGAAAAUUUAAAAAGUACUUUUUGCCUACUUUCUAAUUUAAGAGAGAAUUCCUAUAUUUAAAAGGUAAAAAAAAAUAAAAAAAUACUCCUUUGUGGAAAGUGGAACAACACUUUAUUAUGUCAUUAAUAUGGCACAAUCACACGAACCUGAACUGGCUGAGUAAAGUGAGCCCAUGAUGUCAAGCAGUAUCUCAGUAGAUUAGGGAACGACGUGAUUCUUUGAGGAUGUAAAGUGUUACAUAUUCUUGUCUAUUUAUUUAUUUAUUUAUUAUGCUUUCUUUUGCUAAGUGGGUGACAAUGUGGUUGAGUCAUUCAGGUGACAUUCAAAUUAAAGGAAAUAUUCCUCUUUCUA